UUGGAUGGAUUGGUUGGGAAGGGACAAAGGUCAAAGUUGAGGUUCCUAUAGGGAGGGAAUCUUUGUGCUUAUGGGGUUUCCUUGGUUGGGGACUCUCUUGGGACCUUCCCUCUCAUCCCUCUCUUUCUAUCCCAACCUUUCUCUUGCUCCUUCUAAUUCCUUGUGAGAUUCUUGAAUUUUGAUUGAACUCUUGAGAUUGAGUUAAGUUCUCCUCCUACAGCUUACCCCCUAGUGCGUCGAAAGCCAUAGCGUCGCGAAUACUUCAUCAAUCAACAUGAUUCAAAUUUGGAACGGUAGCUGAGAUUAAGAGCUACAACAUAUCCAAGUUUCGCGACAUUCCAACGGCUAGGUUUUCGUCGACGUCGUUUCUUGUGAAGACGACUUUUCUGUCAAGAAUUUCGGAUUUAUAUUUUGAGUAAUUCUAGCUCCUAAGUUCACCUAGACUCCGUCCUUAAUCCUAACAAAUGUUUACAUCACCUUUGUGAAGAAAGGGAGAGUGGUCACUGAGUUUCAGUAUUAUUGACAGUUCACAAGUGUGAUGCGGCGUCCUUGUUAGCUGUCUUGCAGACCCAUUUCGAAUCAACAGAAGUCGACAUGUCCAAGAUCUCGGGCAUCAGCACGGACGGGGCCAGCGUCGUGCGUGGAGAGCGUGGAGGACUUGUCACCCGCCUUCGAUAGUUGAUCCCGCACCUCGUUGCGAGCCACUGCAUCACCCAUAGGGAAGCGAUGGCAGCGAAGGAUGCCGCCAACAAGUUCCGCGACUUCGACAUAAUUGAUGAAGUCAUCUGCAUGCUGGCCGAGACUCUUGGGCGCUCUUCUAUCUGGCACGACCGGUUUCACGGACUUCAGGAGAUUCUGCUGAAGACCUUCCUUGAGAUGCAGAGCAUUUUUGCCAUCAGAUGGCUCUCCCGUGGUGAAGCAAUCCUCCGUCUGGUGGCAAAUCUUCCUGCCGCUGUCCUGCUACUGCACGAGUACGACACGGUCACUUACGAGGUGGCAAGAGGGUAUAAGUUUCACUUCUGCCUUUUCUUCCUCGCCGACCUCCUGGCGGAGCUCAACCGCCUCAACUAGAAGUUUCAGCGCCGCCAAGUAAUUUGUCGAACCCUGCUCCGUACCUUCCCUCCGGCCUAGUUCCACUCCAUCAGAGUUACAACUAAUGAUGUGGUUUCCUGCCAGUUGUGACAAUUUUGGUUUUCAUACGCUAUUCAGGGCUGGUCGGGGGGAAGUUUGAGGGGUGUUAGGGCACGGUGCUUUUACCAG